AGAACAGCUGCCAGGGCUCGAGCUCUGUCGUCCGGCGGCAUGAUCAAUGCUGUGUUAGUUUUUAACAACAAUGGGGAACCACGCCUGACCAAGUUCUAUACACAACUUGACACCCAAAUUCAACAAAAGCUCAUCAGGCAAAUAUACGACCUGGUCGCCCAGCGUCCACCAUCGGCAUGCAAUUUCCUCCCUCUCCCACCGCUACUUGUGCAAGGCGCAAGCUCCAAAGCAUCCAGCGGCCCAUCUGAUGCGCCCACGCAAAUCACAUAUCGGACCUAUGCCACACUGUCUUUCAUUAUGAUCUCGACGUCUACCGAAUCCCCGCUCGCGCUGAUCGAUCUAAUACAAGUCUUUGUCGAGGCGCUCGACAAGUUGUUUGAGAAUGUUUGCGAGUUGGAUCUUAUUUUUGGAUACGAGUCAAUGCAUGCCACGCUUAGUGAAAUGAUUGUCGGUGGUGUCGUUAUCGAGACGAAUCUGGAAAAGAUUGUGGCGGGCGUUCGGGCUCAAGAAGGCACGCGAGGGAAGAGGAAGGCUGUGGAUGCUGCCAGUACUCCUCCAAAGGGUAAGAAAGUUGCCGCUGCCCCCUUCCCUCAGGGUAAGGCUGGUGCCAGCAAGAAGACCAAGAACCCUCUUAUCGAGAAGCGUUCCCGCAACUUCGGUAUCGGCCAGGAUAUCCAGCCCAAGCGCAACCUUUCGCGUUUCGUCAAGUGGCCCGAAUACGUCCGUCUUCAGCGCCAGAAGAAGGUCCUGAACAUCCGUCUCAAGGUCCCCCCUGCGAUCGCCCAGUUCUCCAACACCCUCGACCGCAACACUGCCGCCCAGACCUUCAAGUUCCUCAACAAGUACCGCCCCGAGUCCAAGGUUGAGAAGAAGGAGCGUCUGCUCAAGGAGGCCACCGCCGUCUCCGAGGGCAAGAAGAAGGAGGAUGUCUCCAAGAAGCCCUACGCCGUCAAGUACGGUCUCAACCACGUCGUCGGUCUCGUGGAGAACAAGAAGGCCUCCCUGGUCCUGAUUGCUCACGAUGUCGACCCCAUUGAGUUGGUUGUCUUCCUCCCCGCUCUCUGCCGCAAGAUGGGUGUUCCCUACGCCAUCGUCAAGGGCAAGGCCCGUCUCGGAACUGUCGUCCACAAGAAGACCUCCGCCGUCCUCGCUCUCACCGAGGUCCGCUCCGAGGACAAGUCCGAGUUCUCCAAGCUCAUCACCGCCGUAAAGGAGGGUUACUCUGACAAGUACGAGGAGAACCGCCGCCACUGGGGUGGUGGUAUCAUGGGCUCCAAGGCCGUUGCUCGCCAGGAGAAGAAGCGCAAGGCUGCCGAGGCCGCUGUCAAGAUCUAA